AGAAAUGUCUGUUCUCGGACUCGGUUGAAUCCGACGUUCACUUCCAAUUCCGCUUGUCUCGAGUAUAGUACCGGUACCAGACGAAAUUGUCAUACAUCCAACGUACGCAUUAUGGCCACGACGAAUGUUUGUCGAGAAAGAUUGUUGUCGUCAUAGAAAGGAGCAAUAAACAGCGCCACAAUGUGGGGGCGUUUCACCAACAUAGCGCAGAAUGUCCAGGACAGGUUGGACACUGUGGUCGAGAACGUCAACAAAUCCAUGAAUGAGGAACCAUCAGAAGGGGAUACCUCUGUCGCUUCAGGAUCCGGGGACGCCAGUUUUGCCUCGGCUGCAGAUGCCAGUUUUGCCAGUUCCUCAGACGCUCACGACCAGCUGAACGAACAAACCAAGCUACUGAACCAGUUGAAGGAUAUGAUACGCCAAAAAGACAAACAACUCCUGGAAAGCAACGCCAAGUUGUCCAAGUUCAAACUGCAGGCCAAAGCGAAGAUCACAUCACUGACCAAUCAAAUUGGAGCACUGAAGAAAGCAGGGGGAGAACCACAAGGAGACGAGGAGAGCUCAAGUGCCAAAGUAAGUCAUGCAACUCUGAUAUUUGGUUCAAGGUGGUAUAGAUAACAAGUGCAUUGUUGUCUGUAAUUUUACUGUAUCUUUAUUAAUGUUGUGCAAA